GUGGCCUCACCACAGUAUCAUACAUCGUGAUUUACUGUAAACGUACCAUUUUAUAUUCAAAGCUACACAGGAACGAAGCUCUUCCUCGUAUAUAGGCUCCGUGUAUACAGGAAUACAUUGCUAUUAUUGAGCGAAUAUUUUUGUAUUUUAUAUUUUAAUUGUGAUUUUUAAUUUUAAUAUAACAUGAAAUUAUUAACACAUAAUAUGUUAACUUCCAAAUCCUUAAAAGGCGUUACUGUGGGUUAUCCUUUAGAGAUAAUUGCCAAAGAUGUAAAAAUAUCAGAAGUAGACUUCAACUCAGAAUUCAUAAUGAGAAUUAUACCAAAAGUAGACUGGCCAACUUUAUGGAAAGCUGCUGAGAGUAUUGGACAUGUUGGAGAACUGCCUCCAGAAUUAGUAGAAGGUUAUGAUAAAAAUAUAGAUUUCUUAAAAAAAGUACACCAUGUGUUAUUAGAAGUAGAAGUUAUAAAUGGAGAUCUGCUGUGUCCAGAAUCUGGUAGAAAAUUUCCCAUCAAUGAUGGAAUACCUAAUAUGCUUUUGAACGAAGAUGAAGUAUAAAAUUAAAAGAACCAAAUUAUUAAACAUUAAUAAAUGUACAAAAUUUUUUUAUAUUACUAUGGACAUUGAUAUUUACUGAACAUAACUUUUAUAAAUUAAUAUGUUAAUUAAUAAAAAACAUGUAGUAUAGAAUAUUUCUAUAGAAGAGAGUAUUGCGUGUUGUAUCAUUAAAAUUUAAUUUUUGUAUUUUUUAUUUGUAUUUUUGUAUUAUUUGUAUUAUGAACUACAAAUGUAGAUAAUAUUUCUUAUAUUGUAUUAAGAUUAUAUAAAAUCAAAAAUAAUAUUUUAAUAUAACACGCACGACUGAAACUAUUAGUUUAGAUUAACCUUUUUGAUGCAGAUAUGUUGUUUGCGAGUACAUUUUUGCAGUACGAAUACUUGUAUCACAAAUAAGGUUUUUAUAUACGGACUAGUUAUUACAUGAAUAUAAAUUUUGUCGUGUAGUAGAUAAAGGAUGAAAUAUUAAAAUAUAGUUCAUUU